CUUCCCUCUUUUAGUUUUAACCAUUUUGUUUGAAUUGGAUUUGCCAACCGCCACCAGCUCGCCAUCCCAGAGCCCUGAGUGAGGAGCAGAUUUUGAAAACACUCCACUACGGUACGGUACUUCGUUGUGUUGCCUGCAGCUGCUUGUCAACAAAAAGAAAAGCAGGGGUGCAGUACCACAAAACACAUUCUUCUUCUUCUUCUUCUUCUUUCCCACGCAUCCUUCCAUCAAUCCUCUCUCCUCCCUUCCAUCCAUCCAUCCAUCCAUCCAUCAUGACGAACAACAACAGUAGAAGCCCCAUUCCUCCUCAUAGUAGUAGUAGUCACCACCAUGGCAGUAGUAGUCGUUGGCAAUUGAAAAAGAUGUUCCAGCGCACGGCCAGUGUGGGUGCGGACAUUAUCAGCACUCACAUUGACGAUCGUCAAGGCGACACGGAGUUCUUUGCAUCGUUGGAAGAGACUGACCACAACUUGGCUUGUUUGAAGCGUUCGGAAGUAGAAGUGGGUCUUCUGUUGGGCAAGGGAACCUUUACCGAAGUGCAUGCUAUUACCGGGAUUGUCUUGGACCAGUCGGCGCUGGUGGGGAGUAAUAACAAGCAUCAAAAGAAGAAACGCGAGGAACUCCGAUCGACUGUCAACAACAACAAGAAGCGACAGCAACAAGAGUACGCCCUCAAGCACUUGUCUCGUGAAACCUUACAAGCGACGUGUCCCAAGACACUGGCCCGCGCCGCACGUGAAUUGGUCAACGACGCCAAGUAUUUGAGCCGCUUGUCGCAACAUUCCAACAUUGCCACGUUGCGAGGCAUUACGCUCGAUGCCUUUGGCCACAAUUACUUGGCGCAUCAAUUUGACGAUUUUUUUCUCAUUCUCGAUCGUUUGUCUCCGGUGACGUUGGCAGAUCGCAUUUAUCGGGAAUGGCGGGUUGCUCCCAAUCGCGGCACGGAACCCGACGAAGACUUGAUCCCCAUGAAAGCCAACUAUGCCUUUCAAAUUGCCAAGGCACUUCGAUACUGUCAUGAGAAUGGAGUCUUGUACAGAGAUUUAAAGCCCGCCAACUGUGCCUUUGCGUUGCACGAUCCUCAUUGCAUUCAACUCUACGACUUUGGAUUGGCCCGGGAUUUUGUCGCACAACAGUCCUACCGCUUGACACUGGCGGGGACCCGACGCUAUCUUGCGGGGGAAGUCUUGACGACGGGAGCCUACACGUGGAAAUCGGACACGUACAGUUGGGCCAUGACCUAUUACGAAAUGUGCACCGAACGAAAGCCCUAUCAUGGUGUCACGGCUGCCGAACAUCAACUCUACGUGUGCGAACAAGGAGAACGACCUACGGUGGACGACUACUAUUUUCCGGAAGCCCUCGAUGACAUUCUCGCCAACAGUUGGCAUCCCAAUGUCCAUCAACGAUGGAGUAUGGAUCAAGUCUGUCGACAAAUGCAGACUUUUCUCAUGCAACUCGAUGUCUCCUACUACGAGCAAAAGGAAGGCGAUUUCCUCUUUGACUUGGAACUGCCUGCGCAGCAGUACAUCGAACCGCUCGCACUCGAAGAAGGACUGUUGGUAUCAUCCUCGUUCCAUGAACAACAGAACCACAACAGUACUAGUAGUAUGGAUCUCGAUGUGGAUGGCUGGAUGGUCAAGGCCGAAUUGGUUGGUGACACGGAGAUGAAGACGUCCUUCAAGUCGGUCGGGUCCAACGACGAACGUGCUUCCAGCGACACGCCGCCCGUCGAACAGGCACGACGACAGUCCUUGUCGUCCACUGGACAGCCACGCAAGAUCAUCUCCGAGGCUGCCUAAGAAGCGAAAAAGGACAACAACAUUGGGAAAUGGAAAUUGUACAGUACAACGGAUCCAAAUCGAAUGAAUCAUUCGAUUCGAUACAUUCAAACAGAAUGCAUGCAGGCAUGACACAUUUUCACGCGUAGCUUAGCAAGACAAAACAAGAUCUAGAGCAUCUUCGGAAAACAAAGCAAGACAAAACAAAAAGAGAAUAGACACAGUAGCCCAGAGAAAUAAUCAGUUAAAAAUACAUACUAGUAGAAACGCAACGAGGUG